AUGGUCCGCUUCCUCAGCGACAAGCGCGUAGCCCCAACCCCAAACUCCAACCCCGAAUCCAAACAAAAGCUCCUCGUAAUCGGCGCCGGUCUUCCCCGCACAGCAACAUCCUCUCUCCAAGCUGCGCUAGAAGAACUAAACCUAACACCAUGCCUCCACAUGGCACAAAUAAUCCCACACACCUCCCGACAAGAACUCCUCAUCGCAGCCACACACUCCAAAGACACGGCCACGCGGCAAAAACAAAUCCACACGCUAAUCUCCGGCUACGCCGCAGUAUGCGAUAUGCCAGCUAUAUUCUUCCUCUCUGAUUUGAUGGACAUGUAA